AAACUUUAGCCGGUAGUCGUGUUUAGAUGUCCGGGGUUGUGUAUCAGUUUAGUGGUUUUUACUCAGUGACUCGUAUCGGGAAAAAAUAAAUCGCCCUGACGUCGUCCUCAUGAAGCUUCGGAUACGGAUCAACAAGCAGACCAGCAGGGUGGACCUACAGGGUGAAGACCCGACCAUCCAAGAGCUCACAGACCAGAUCAGGAACUCUGUCCUCCCCACACAUGGUCUCAGUGUAGACACAAAGUUCCGUCUGUCCCUGAAUGGGUCGGAGCUGCUGUUGGACACCGGACAGACUUUGUCCUCCUGCAGCAUCGUUAGAGGAGAUCUGAUCUCUGUGAUCCUGCUGGAACCCGUCACCGCCGCGCCCUCAUCAUCCCAGCAGAACUCCUGCAGCAGCGCGUUCAGCCAGGACCGAACCAUCAGAACUCUGCCAUGUCUUCACAGGACGUGUGAUGUCACGUCUAAUGAUAAUGAUCUCAACCCCUUAAAAUCUCCUAAGCAACCUACGAGUAGCUCGGCAGACUGGAACCUGGUGGAGAGUGAUGGCACAGAAGAGAAUCCUGGACCGUCGUUCCCCAGCUGGGAGCCCAUGCUGUGCAGUGAGGCGGUGGAAGGUCAGGCGCCACACUCCUUGGAGCUCCUUUACCGGGGAACUCUAAUCACGAGCCCCACCGACGCCCUUGUGGUCACUACCAACCUCCUGAUGCUGGAAACAGGCUUCAUCCCUCAGGCGUGUGAGCUGAAGCCCGGCGAGAUGCCUGGUUGGCGAGCAGCAGGCGGGAUGUACAAACUGGAGUAUACGCAUCCUCUGUGCGACAGCGGCCUGGCGGUGCUGCGGGCCAUAACCAUGGGACCCAUCCUCGUCAUCAAUGCCACCCUGAAGGUGAAUGAAUCAGUGGGCCGGAUCCCCAAACUCUGCCUGAACGCAUCCAGCUAUGUGACUCAAGACUGGCCAGGAGGAAGUGCAGCUACAGCUUUCAAAGAUCUCAGCAAGCUGUCUAGAGUCUUCAAAGACAAGCUAGCCCCGCUGAUAUUUGCAGCCAGAGACGCCAUGGCUCUCCCGGUCUUUGGUCUGGCUGCUCUGCCUCCGGAGCUUCUCCUGCGGAUUCUGCGGCUGCUGGACGUCGUGUCCUUGGUGAGGCUGUCCUCCGUCAGCCGACACCUCCGCAGCGCCACCGAUGACGACGUGCUGUGGAGACACCUGUACCGCCGAGACUUCCCAGAUCCAGAUCUCAGCAGUUCCAGAGACACCAACUGGAAAGAGGUGAGAAACGCACAACUUGAACUUUUUCCACACAAAAACAAAAAUAUAGGAAGUUGACUUCAGUAAAGUCUGUUUACAGCAGCACCACCAGGGGGCAGAAUUACAAUUUACAGGU